AUGGACGAAGGCGAGGGGAAGCUGCACGUUCCGCCGGCGCGACGCCAGUCGAUGCCGAGUGGCCGCGAGACGGCCUCGGCCCGGGCGCGACAGCUCCUCGAGUUGGCCACCAAGCAGCGCCAGCUCCUGGGACGCGUGCUCUGGGUCACCGUGGUGCUACUCUGCGUCCUGGGAUGUCUUUCGCAGGUGUUCAUCUUCCUGGAGAUCUUCUGGAAGUUUCCCACAAUCAUCGAAGUCGAGACUGAGCGCUCGGAUGACCUCGACUUUCCCGGCGUCACAAUCUGCAACAACAACAGAGUGCGGCUGUCCCAGCUUUGCAGACUACGAGGGGAGACCAACUGCGUGCAAACGAAGCACAGGGGCGGCAUUGAAAACCUGGAUGCAAUGCUGCGCACCAUGAACAAGAGUCUGAGGGGUGAAAUUGGCCACCAGAGAGGAACCAUGAUCUUCGAGACGUCCAAGGUGGUCAACGGCACUGUAGAGGUCGCAGAUGACCAGGGCUUUCGGGACGAGUUCUUCCACCUGAGGUACAGCAACUGCUACUCGUACAACGUCGAGUGGACCGGCUCCGGACUCAAGGAGGCCGAGAUCGCGCGGCAAAUCGACCUGAGCGUCAUCCUGUUCCUGGAGCAGCAGGAGUACCCGCGCUCGGACGUGUGGCCCGGCGCCCAGAUCGUGUUCCACGACCCGGAGGUCAUACCCGACCCCGAGGUGGACGGCAUCCCACUGCGGGCCGGACACAACUACAUCUUCACGCUCAGGCAGAUGAUCACGAAGCGGCUGCCCAAGCCUUAUUGGACUAAGUGCGUCAACUACCCAUUUGUGCGUCGAGAGCAGUACGUCAUGAAGAUGACCAAGCCGGCGAAACACAAGCGCCACAAGAACAAGCACAUGACGAGGUGGUCGUGGAUCGUCAUGCCCAACGAUGCCGAACAGGGUGUCCGCCAACCUUCCACCAGUGCCCCCAUCGAGUGA